AUGUCAAGUCUCUCAAAAAUAUUACUCGACCCUGUCCCCUCGACAAUAACACCUAAUGAAAAUCAAAACAACGAAACCCUAAUUUCAAACAAAAAAUGCUCUACCACCAAAUAUAAAAGCGGUCCUCGUCCGUAUCAAUGCAUGACAUGCUUUAUGGGUUUUAAUCGCCUAGAGCACCUCAACAGGCAUACAAGAACCCACACUGGCGAGAAACCUCACCACUGCACAUUUGCUGGUUGUGAAAAGAAAUUUUCAAGGUCAGAUGAACUCACAAGACAUCGAAAAGUUCAUGACAAUACAUCCAGAAGAAGAGAUCGCAAUAGGAGAAUGGUCUCCGUGUCGUUUCGAAACACCACUACAUAUCUUGUACAUGAAGGGAUGCCCACCACCUCACGCACGAUCAGGUAUAUUUUUACCGAAACUACUACUCAUUCUUCCCCUAAUACUUGGACAAAAUCAUUCGAUUGUCCAAUCAAUGGGUGCACAAAAUCCUUUACGCGUUAUGGUCACCUUUCGAGGCACAUUCAAUCUUGUGAAUUAAAGCGGCUUCGUAAAGAAUCUGCCGGCAAAAAGCCUCCAAGUCCACCCGCUUCUUUACGUAGCGGUAGUUCUUCUGAUGCCGAUAUUUCUCCAAUAUUGAGCCCAUUGAGACCAUCACAAGGACCCCUUAACAAUUACAACAGUUAUAGUAGACCUUCGCCAAUAGAACCUAGAUCGUCGUGGUCCAUCCCAAAUGUAUCAUUGAUUCCACAACAAACUUCAAGUCUUCGUGAAAUUAUUCAAUCACCAUUGGAAGCUACCAAUCGUCGUCAUUUACCGCCACCAGUUAGCGG